AUGAGUCACCACAGCGAUGAAGCGGUUUCCCAAGUUGUUUCAGCACAAUCUCCACCUCGCGCCGAAGACCACGAGAAUAGUCCCCCGACGCAAGAGCACGCCUCAAAUUCAAUGAUUCCAAAGGAAUUCAUUGAUGCUACUCUCAAUUUCUUAUCGACGUCUAGCAAUGAAACUCUGCUCGGAGUCUUUGCGCUCCUUAUACUCGUCACCUACAUCAUACUAGGGAGGGUCGGUCUGCUUCUGAUUGGAGUGGCAGUCGGGGUCGUUCUUCAUGCAUCGUGGGAAGGUUUGGAUACGGAACAUGCGGGUGGAGCGUCGCACGCGCAAAAGUCCAACAGACGAAGAGAACUUGCGCUUGAAGUAGCCAACAGGCUUCUGGAUUGGCCGAAACCGGCUGGUUCGUCAGACGCGCAGAAUGGAGAUGUUGUACCUAUAAGCACACCAGAGGAUAUGUCCUCCGCAGAUUUGGAAUAUGCCACCUUUCAACCGGCCACUGCUGGCGCCUUGAAACGGCUCACCGAUGCAGUCAUCGCAGACUAUGUCAAAUACUGGUACGAACCGCUCUUACCGUCCGAUUCGAAAUUUCCAGGCUCCUGUCGGCGAAUCCUGACGCAUUUCAUCACAUCUAUCUCUUGGCACCUGUCACGCAAACGAACGGAAGACACAUUCUUGCAGUUUCUCACCAACUCCUCAUCCAUUGUUAUCGUAUUUCUGAAUGAGCUUGCUGCUGCGUUCACCUCCGCAGGCACGUCCAUGGAAGCCGAGAAGACAGUGAAUCGGUACCUUGAACAGUUUCCGGACAGCAGCCUAGCGAAUGUCUUGUCUGAGAAGCAACAGCAGAAGAAGCUCAACUUGAUUGCAGAUGAUAUACUGUCGAGCUUCCUGGACCGCAAGGCUUACGAGUGCUCGGUUGUACGGGACUUCCUCCGCGAGGUCUUUGCGGGUGUGAUAUUGGGAUCCACAAUUACCAGCCUUGCCCGUCCUGAAUUCAUCAACGAAUGGAUAAUAUAUCUCUUGCGGGAUGGAGAAUCAGAAAUUAUGCACGCUAUCGACGCAGGCGUUGAAGGCGCACGGAAUCAAGGUGUUGAUACCCCUAAGGCUUCGGAAGACACAACUCGAGAGUCUGUGAAAGCUACGCAGAGACUGUCUAUGCAGGCGGCAAGAGCUUCGGAGGAAGCCGCAAUCCUAGAGGCGAAACGUCUAAGCGCUAUGAUCGCAUCCCAGCAUACGCAGAGCGAAGAGCCGGAACGACCAGGCUUAACUGAACACGUUGACAACCUAUACACUUCGAAUGUCGAUCCGGCUUCCAAUUUGGCUCCUGAGCCUGAAGGCAGCCACGGCCAGGAGGAAGUGUCCUAUGAAAAAUCAUCUGCAACUCUGAAAUCACCCGAGGAACAGUCUGUGCAAUCUGUGAUCCUUCACGGGGCACAGGUGUUAGUAGACGAUGAUGGAGCUAGAGAUGAAAAAGGCUUGAUCAAAUCACGGCCCACGUGGGAUUAUCUAUUACAGGUUGAGCCAUCGUCAAUGCGCUCGACUGGAUGGAUGGUAUUCCGCAAGUAUUCAGACUUCCAGUCCCUCCAUGAGAUGCUGAGUACAGUCUCACGAUUGAAUCUGAUCUCAAGCUUCUCAGAGCGUCAUCCCAUACUGCCCACUUGGAAAGGCAAAACACGACAAGCUCUCGCUCGGGACCUCGAAUGGUAUUUGCAAGAUGCCAUGAAGCACGAGACACUUGCCGACAACGAUCGAAUGCGGCGAUUCUUGGAAAAGGAUGCUAGUUCUUCCACUGAUACGGCGAAUUCUAUAAAGCCGGUGUUCUCGUUCCCUAGCCAAGCUACAUUUGGAAAUGUGGGCAAAGGUAUGCUGGAUGCUCUGACCAAUGCACCCAAAGGAGUAGCAGGAGGCGGCAAAGCUGUCUUUGGGGGAGUGACGGGAGUAUUCGGAGGCGCUGCCAACAGCAAAAAGACGACCGCCAGUGCUGACCACAACCAAUCUAAAGUCGAUGACUCUUCUCGGUCCAGUUUGUCCAGUUUGUCGCAAGCAAGAUCCAGUUUCGGUGAUUAUACUCGUCUAUCUAACGAGAAUGUUGAUGGGAUUGUGCCUUCUGGCGUUUCGUUGGAAUCUGGAGACGAAACUUCCAAAUCGCCCUCAGCCCACAGCGCCAAAGAGUCGUUGGGAAAUGAGCGAGAUACGCCGAUCAUUGAAAAUUCGCUUUCUAAAGACUCGAUCGAUAUGAGUGAUCGUACUGCAGAACUCGAUAGCAAGGACACUAUGGAUCGAACUUCGUCACAUCGCCGUUCGGAUACCGGGCAGAGUAUCGAUCACUCCCGCCAGCAGAAAAAUCCCAUCACAACUGAUGAAACGCAAAUUGCAGUAGAGCUGAUCUUUGCGGUCAUCAAUGAGUUGUACACCUUGUCGUCUGCAUGGAAUAUUCGCCGGACUCUCUUGAAUGCCGCUAAAUCCUACAUAUUACGGCCCGGGAGUCCGACAUUGGAAACCAUCCGUACUUUACUGCAAGAGUCAAUGAUCCAAGGUCACACUUCGGACGACGCCUUAGGAGGUUAUCUUGCCAAGCUUCGUGAGAAUGCACUUCCGACAGAGGACGAACUGAAAGCCUGGCCACCUCCACCCAGUGAGGAAGAGAAGAUUCGCUUGCGAGAAACUGCACGCAAAUUGUUUGUGCAGCGAGGCAUUCCACAGGCAUUGGCAAGUGUCAUGGGUGCGGCUGCUAGUCGAGAAGCGCUGGAAAAGAUAUUUGACAGCCUUCAAGUUGAGAGUGUGGCUAGAGGAUUCGUCUUCUCAGUUCUCCUACAGGGGUUAAGGGUCUUGACUCUCUGA